AUGUCAAAAGAAACAGAAAAGCGAGAAGAACUAUUACAACAAUAUAUAAUAACAACCGAAGUUACUUUAGCAGAGAAAAAAACACUUAAACAUAAUCUUAAAGAUGAAAUAAUACAAAAUAACAUUAUAAUGGAAGAAACAGUUUUAAAAGAUUUAUUUCCAGAAGUGUAUGGUCGUUUAUUUACUUUGUGUAAACCAAUUCAUGAACGAUAUAAUAUUGCUGUAACUAAGGUACUUUGGAAUUUCAAAGAUGCAAUCGUUGUUGAAACAGAAAAAGUGGCAAGGAAAUGCAUUGAUUAUUUGAAACAACAACAAAUAUGUGUAGAAACAUUUUUACCACUUGAUUCUUUAAAGAUUGAAUUUCACAGUGACCAGCUUCGACAUAAUUUGAGAAAUAUGAGAAAUCUACAAAAUGUGCAGCUAUUAUAUGAUGUAAUCGAAUACUUUCCUAAAGACAUUUCUAAUGCUAUCUUAUUUGUGACCAAAAAUACGCUUUUAUGCGAAACAUCAGAAGAUGCUAGAAGAGUUGCAUAUGAAAUUCAUUCGAAUUACAGAUACGCAUGUGUUGCGCUUGAUGGAAGUUAUUACCAGAAAUCAGGUUUAUUUUCUGGAGGAUUAUUUGACUUAUCAACCAAAGCUACUGUAUGGAAAGAUAAGCAGACACAAGAGAUGAAGUUACAAAAGGCAACUUUAAUAGAAAAAAUGAAAGAGGUUUCAAAAUGUAGUAAAAAACAAUCUGAGCUGAGUACAAUAAACUCUGAAAUUUGUAGUCUCACUAACAAAUUAAAAUACAGUCGUGUCGAUUUAGACAAUAUUGUAAGUGUUCCUGGUGAUUAUAUUACUUACUAA